AUGGGGAAGAAACGAAAGCGUCCUGGCAAGGAGAACCGUGGUCUGCCGCAGUCUCCUGCCAAACGACCCAGGAUUCACGGUGCUCCCUCAGCUCCAGGGUGCUACCAGCAUCCAGUCUUGUCGCGAUACUAUCCACGCGUGGUGACCCUCCGGCAGUAUCUGCUCGAGCAGCUGCCCUCUUCUUCCAGGGCCCGACGCCGGAGGAUCGCGUCGCUGGGACGCCAGCAGACCAGCACCGUCAAGGCGCCAUUCACUGACGAGGGUCUAGACAAGCAGGACCAUGGCAGCGACGACAACAGCGCCCUCGUCGACCUGCUGGACUCGACCCUGGUAGGCGUCUUGAAGGAACCCAAUCAGGAUAUUACCCAGGCCCGACAACGGGACUUUGCAGCAUUCACGCAGUCUGAAGAACGAUCCCUCCUCUGCACAGAUACUGGACCAACCUCCCUGCAAGAUGAUAUAGUGGACUUUGUCAUAGCAACCCUGUUCAACCGCACUGGUCUGUCCUAUCAGAAGCCUCAACAUCUCCUGGCUCAUGGCUUUCAACGCGCGACGGCCCGACAGUUCAUGGACCGCAAUAUCGGAGCCAUGGCCUGCAGCAUCCCCGGAGUAGUGUUCCAAUACCCCAAUCACCAUGUCUCCACCCUCAAAAAGGCUCCGUGGACCGAUGUUCUGGCUUUGCUGGGGAAGAGCAGAGAUGAGAUUAUGAUCAGGUUGCUGUUGGACUGUGGCAUUUUCUGUUGUCUGGACCGUAAUAAGGGCACGUACUAUCAACUCAGCGGAAUUCCUCUCUCAGAACUAGAGCCAGUGGAUAAGUCACCGCCGACUCCUGAAAGCAACCAGAAGGUAUCGACAUCAGAUGGCAAAGCCUCUACCAAACCCAAGUCCAAUAAAGUCGAUAAGUCUACAGAUGUCCUGCAUAAGCCAAAUAGCAUCAUCUUCGUCAGGCGGCGUAUGUUGUAUGCUCGUCCAGUGUUGAAUGCGCGAGGAGAGGUCCGUUUCGGAUUGAGGCAUAUUCACGUGCUGAACCGCUUCCCGUCGUCGACGGAUCUAUCGCAUUCAGUGCAUGUCAUGAAGUACAUAUUCCCGCGGCAAUUUGGCUUGCAUAAUGUCUUCACGUCUGCAGUAGACAGUCGUGAAACGACCCAGCCAUUCAAGGACUACACCCUGCGAGAGGAUGAAAUCGCUCGUAGGGAAAGUACCAAACUGCCGAAACGACUUCGCGGCAAGGCAUUGGCACUGGUCCAGCAGCUGCAAAAACGUCACCAACGCUGUUCUUACACUGAGCUACUGAGGCAUUACUGUCCGAUCGAAGAAAUCGGACCUGCCAGACUAGGCCCUGAACCAUCGCAAACAGAGCUAUCGAGCUUGAUGGGCUCUGAUUCAGAGCAGUUUAUUACCCAGCUCAGACUUUCUGGCCAUUCAGGCCCUCAGGCACAAUCUCAACAGACCGAGGCCACCGCGGUGCCAUCUAGCAUGAAGCCCUGCUUGACAGAUUAUGCCACCCCAGCUUCCUCCGUUUCUGCUUUUUGCCGCGCAGUCCUGCGAAGGCUGAUCCCCCGCGCCUUUUUCGGCAUUGGCGAGGGAGGGGAGUCGAAUCAGCGGAUCGUGAUGAAGCAUGUCGACCGAUUUGUGCGGAUGAGCAGAUACGAGAGUCUCAGCCUGCACGAGGUUACCUGCAUUCCGUGGCUGGAGUCUCCAAAUGCACCAUCCCAGGCUACCAGUCCAGACGGCCAUAAGCUUUCGUUGUCUGACUUGCGCAAGCGCAUCGAGCUUCUUCAUGAGUUCAUCUACUAUAUCUUUGACUCUCUCCUCAUCCCGCUCAUCCGCUCCAAUUUUUACGUGACUGAGUCACAAGUCCACCGCAACCGCCUGUUCUACUUUCGACACGAUGUGUGGCGUCAACUGACGGAAAAGCCGCUGGCCGACAUCAAGUCGUCCCUCUUCGAAGAGAUCAAACGCGACAAAGCCCACCGCAUUUUGGCUCGGAGGUCUCUGGGCUACAGCCCUUUGAGGCUGCUGCCCAAAGCUUCUGGCGCACGCCCGAUCAUCAAUCUCCGGAGACGGGUGAUGAAAACCUCUGCGGGCAGCUUUCAGGGUUGCAAGAAAGCCUUCCUGGGUCCCAGCAUCAAUUCCUUGGUGACGCCCGUCUUUAAUAUGCUCAGCUACGAGAAGACGCGAAAGCCGGAGCUGCUGGGGUCAUCCAUGCAGUCAGUGAGCGACAUGUAUCCUCGGCUGAAGGCAUUCAAGGAGAGGAUUAUUAAUCGCGCGGGGGGAGGUAAACCGCAGCUGUACUUUGUCAAGUUGGAUAUUCAGUCCUGCUUCGACACGAUUCCGCAGCCCAGGUUACUGGCGCUGAUCGAGAAGGUCGUCUGUGAAGCCACUUACCACGUCACGAAGCAUGUUGAGGUCCGGCCGCCAGAUGGAUACAAUAACAGUCUGUGGCCAGGGGAGGAGAGUCGACAUGGCAAACCGAUCCGGAAGUUUGUGAGCAAGGCAGUGGCCGCAAACGACAUCCUCAGCACGCCUGACGCGGCCAGCGGAAAGCGAAAUACGGUGUUUGUCGACACGGCCGUAGCAAAGAGACACGACGCAGACGACCUGCUGGAUCUGCUAGAGGAGCAUGUGCGCAACAACCUGGUGAAGAUUGGGAAGAAAUAUUUCCGACAGCGCAACGGGAUUCCGCAGGGUUCAGUGCUGUCGGCGCUGCUGUGCAAUUUCUUCUACGGGGAGCUGGAGCGAGAAGUGCUGGGGUUUCUGAGCUGCGACGAUGCUCUGCUGCUGAGGCUGGUCGACGACUUUCUGCUGAUCACGUCGCGGGCGGACCUGGCACGGCGGUUCCUGCAGGCGAUGAUGGACGGACAGCCGGCGUACGGGAUCUCGGUCAACGCGAGCAAAAGCCUGGUCAACUUUGAAGUGACGGUGAACGGGACGAAGAUCCCGCGCCUGCUGGGGUCAUGGUUUCCGUACUGCGGGAAUCUGAUCGAGACGCACACUCUGGACAUUCGCAAGGACCGCGAGCACGGCAACGGCGCGGCGCAGGUGUCUGACAUGCUGACGGUGGAGGCGAACCGCGUGCCUGGACGGACAUUCCACCGGAAGGUGCUUGCGUCGUUCCGACUGCAGACGCAUGCCAUCAAUCAAGAUGUACCGAUAUAUCAAGACGCUGCGGCCGCGGGCUCGUCCGUCGCCGGGGCUCGUGGUAAGCACGAUCCGCGACCUGAUCCAGUUCGCGACGAACCUGAUCCAGUCGAAGCGGCGAGAGAAGUCGGCGGCAGAAAUACGGUUCCAGUGCACGAUCACUCCUCCGCAGAUCCAUUACCUCGGCGCGGGAGCGUUCUGCCACAUCCUGGCACGGAAGCAGACGCAGUUUGGAGCAGUUUUGCGGUUUCUGGCGCAGCUGCAGAGGGCGAACAGGCCCAGGACGGACCGCGAGGCGCUGCUGUUGAAGAGGUAACACCGUCAUCAGAUAUAUUCAGACCUGUUUGCUACUUACGUAUAUACAUCACACAAUCAACAUUCACAGUAGAUACUGGCAUCCUACUGCUCAUCCAUCAUAAACUCCUGCAACCACUUAUUCCUCCCGAUCCAGCUACGGAUCCUCUUCCCAAACACCCAGAGCGGGAUGGUCAAUGCACAGACAAACAGGAACAACGCGCCCAGAACACUAAACACAAGCAAAACGCCGUCGCGGGCGAGCCAGUCAUUGACAAAAUACGUCAGGCCGAAAGUGAGCAGAUUGCGGGCAUUGAUAGCGACAAAGAUCUCCUCGCUGAGGGCCGGGUAGCAAUCAACGACAUAGCCAAAGACGCAAGUGGAGACGAAAGCCAUGGACAUAUUGGCCAGGCCGAAAGUGAGCACAGGGCCAGACCAAUGCGUCUGGAAGUGCACCGAGGCGCCAAAGCCAAAGAACCCGAUAGCGCCAAGCACAGCAACGAAGAUCAUGAGCGGCAGCCGGAACUCAGGCUCAUAGAUCCCCCUAUUCCUUUUCGUCAAGCUCACGCAGAUCCAGUCGUUCAGUGGCCCCGAGAUCACCUCCCCGAUUAUGGUCAGGACGAACGGGCUCAGACUGAUCAGCCCCGUCUGCGCGAUGGAGAAGUUGUACGGCGGCGCGACGAAAAUCACCCCGUUGACGACGGAGAAGACGACGAUCCAGGUGAUGGUUGUCCCGAAGCAGAGGAAGCCCCAGAAGACGGCCGGGUAGAAGAAGAGGACGAAAGGGCGAGCGAAGAUUUUGAAUGCUGA